GGCGACUGUGGUGGCGGCGGCGGUUACUACCCGAGCCCAGACAGAGCAGAGGCCGUGGAGCAGAAGAGCAUCCCCGCGUCCCGAUACCAGGCGGCGUGGCCCGCGGGUCAUGGCCAAAGGAGAGGGCGCCGAGAGCGGCUCCGCCACGGGGCUGCUGCCUACAAGCAUCCUCCAAGUUGGUGAACGCCCGGCCCAGGUGAAGGAACCAAAGAAGAAACAACAGUUGUCCAUUUGCAACAAGCUUUGCUAUGCAGUUGGGGGGGCCCCCUACCAGAUGACGGGCUGUGCCCUGGGGUUCUUCCUACAGAUCUACCUGUUGGAUGUGGCUCAGGUGGACCCAUUCUCUGCCUCUAUCAUCCUAUUUGUGGGCCGAGCUUGGGAUGCCUUCACAGACCCCCUGGUGGGCUUCUGCAUAAGCAAAUCUUCCUGGACCUGUCUGGGCCGUCUUAUGCCCUGGAUCAUCUUCUCCACACCCCUGGCCAUCAUUGCCUACUUCCUCAUAUGGUUCGUGCCUGACUUCCCACAGGGCCAGAUCCUAUGGUACCUGCUUUUCUAUUGCCUCUUUGAGACACUAGUCACGUGUUUCCACGUUCCCUACUCAGCUCUCACCAUGUUCAUCAGCACAGAACAGAGUGAGCGGGAUUCGGCCACUGCUUACCGGAUGACUGUGGAGGUACUGGGCACAGUGCUGGGCACAGCGAUCCAAGGGCAAAUCGUAGGCCAAGCAAAUAUGCCUUGUCUUGAGGACCUCAAAGAUUCAGCAGUGGCCACGGAAGAUGCCAAUCAUACACACAGCACCACCUCACUCAGAGAAACGAAAAAUGCAUACCUGCUGGCGGCAGGGGCCAUAGCCUCCAUCUAUGUCAUCUGUGCUGUCAUCCUGGUCCUGGGCGUGAGGGAACAGAGAGAAGCCUAUGAGACUCAGCAGGCUGAGCCGAUACCCUUCUUUCGGGGCCUCCGACUAGUCAUGAGCCAUGGCCCAUAUAUUAAGCUUAUUGCUGGCUUCCUCUUCACCUCCCUGGCUUUCAUGCUGGUGGAGGGGAACUUCGCCUUGUUUUGCACCUACACCUUGGGCUUCCGAAACGAAUUCCAGAAUCUGCUCCUGGCCAUCAUGCUCUCGGCCACAUUCACCAUUCCCUUCUGGCAGUGGUUUCUAACCCAGUUUGGCAAGAAGACGGCUGUAUAUAUUGGGAUCUCAUCAGCAGUACCAUUUCUCAUCCUGGUGGCCCUCAUAGAGAGUAACCUGAUUGUCACGUAUGUGGUAGCUGUGGCAGCUGGCAUCAGUGUAGCAGCUGCCUUCUUACUACCCUGGUCCAUGCUGCCCGAUGUCAUUGACGACUUCCACUUGAAGCACCCCCAUUCCCAUGGAACUGAGCCCAUCUUCUUCUCCUUCUAUGUCUUCUUCACCAAGUUCGCCUCCGGAGUCUCACUGGGCGUCUCUACCCUCAGUCUUGACUUUGCCGGGUACCAGACCCGUGGCUGCUCCCAGCCAGCGCCCGUCAGGUUUACAUUGAAGAUGCUGGUGACAAUGGCUCCCAUAGUCCUCAUCCUACUAGGCCUGCUGCUCUUUGAGCUGUACCCCAUUGAUGAGGAGAAGCGGCGGCAGAACAAGAAGGCCCUCCAGGCUCUGAGGGAAGAGGCCAGCAGCUCAGGCUGCUCUGACACAGACUCUACAGAGUUGGCUAGCAUCCUCUAGGAUCCGCUGUGUUGCCUGAAGUCACCAAGCACAAGGCCUGAGUCACCAGGUCACACGAGGAAUCUGGACCUGCUUGCCUGCUCACUCAAUAGCUGGUCUCCAGGUGCCAGGAAGGGAGCCAAAGACUUGAGAGUAUGUGGCCCAGGACACCUCCAAUGCCCACCUUGGGCAGUCUAUUCAUACAGCCACCUGCCUCUCUCCCCGCCCAUGGGGCCGAGCCCUGGGGCUGCUACUGUGAAUAUGCCAAGGACUGAUGGGGUCUAGCCCAGGACACUAAUGUAGAAACAUUUUAUACGGACACUAAUUAAUAACUUAAUGACUAUGUAUAUAGCUAUGUGUGUGUAUGUAUAUGUCUGUGAGCUAUUAAUGUUAUUAAUUUCCAUAAAAGCUGAAAAACAGA